AUGAAGUUAGAUGCCACCGAUGAGUCUGCUUACAAAGCCUGGAAAGGUCUAGCUGAUGUUUGUGAAUUCCAACUCACUACGUAUGACUUGCCUUCCAGCCAAGCUGGAGCACCCGCCAAGCUAGUUGUUAGAAAAUGCCAAAUCAACAGUUACAGACUAUUGGACAAGGGAGCAAAACUCUCAUAUGCAUCUUGUUUACAAAAACUGAAUAUCCAUCUUCUCCUUGAACGCGUCUUCCUGAACGCUCCUGGGUAUUCAUUGACAAAUACUCAAUUGCAAGCAAAUGCUACAGAGAGACUCCGCAAAUUUCGUAAUAGAUCUCACUUUUCAAGAGACGCAAAGCGGAUUUACGAGAAAACAUACUACUCGCGUGCUUCUCAUCAGAAGGUCCAUGGUUUGAACUCGACCUCUGCCUCUCGACUUUCCUUGUCUAGGAUUGGGCAGCCUGGUAGUAUCUCAGCCUUCCUUCUGGUGGCAUGGCAGCAUGAUAAGAAAUUGAGUGAAAACAACGCAAUCGAUCAUACGUCCAAAGCCUCGGUCACUUCCAUUCAUUAUGUAGAAAAAUCCAAAGUUCAACAGAAAAACGUGAAAGCGGUGUUUGAUUUGAGGACUCUGAAAGGACAGGUUUCAAUCCCGCUGAGCUACUUAGACAAGCGAUAA